GCCGUUUCACUGUGACUUUAGCAUUAAGUUGGACUCUGUGGCAAACUUUGGCCACACCUAGAUCCUGUCCCAUUUCCACUCAGAAAAAAAAAAAGAAAAAAAAAAAGAAAAGACAGGCUUUUAUUUUUUUUUUCUUCCUCCUCCUCUGGUGCGUUUGUUUGUGUAUCGGCGAGUCCCGGCGGUGUAACCGGAGAGGGGCCUCAGAGAGGGAAUGCAGGACUGCAAUGGAGCACAAUGCAAUACAGUGGUUGGGUGCUCCCUCCUGCCAGCGAGGCAGCUACGCCUUCUAUAAGUCGGUGAGCAGCAGAGCUCGGCCCGACGGGCCCGUCCAGCUGUGGAAGCUCGGGGAGUUCUACUUCAUCCGCUGUGGCCCGCAGGAUCCCGUGUGCGUCGCUGAGGUGACCUUACUGUGGGAAGACCAGACACGGCGCCACCUGCUGGCCAGCGCCAGACUUUACUUCUUACCCGAAGACACACCAAAGGGCCGGACCAGGGAGCACGGAGAGGAUGAGGUUUUGGCGGUGUCCAGGAAGAUGGUGGUGCGGGUGGAGGAUCUGGUGAGAUGGUCGUGUGUGCAGCCGUCAGGUUGGAGCAGUUCAAAGCUGCAGCCGUGCGGGGCCAACGGCCUCCACAAACCUCCACUGGGCAACGACGGCAACAACAGCAACAACACACCGGACAAGAGCAGCGAGCCGCUCAGAGACAAAUCUGAGAACGGCCUGGUGGAGCGUCAGGGCAUCAAAGUGCUCAGCUACCCACAGUACUGCCGCUUCCGCUCCCUGCAGAGACGCAUCCAGGACGGGGCGAGGGUGCCGGGGCUGCAGGACCCCCACCUGCUGGCCCUGGGAGGCGUCAGGGCGCUGCCCAACACCCGCGUGAUGUACUGCAGGGACACGUUCAACCACCCGACGCUGGAGAGCAACUCCAUCUUCUCCUGGCAGUUCAGAUGUCCGUCUCUCAGUCUUCGAGGACGACCUCGCAAGAGGAGAGGCCGUGACGGCAAAGACUCCCCGAACUCCAGCCAAUCAGAGUCCUGGAUCGAGAGGAUGAAGGAGAACGUGAUGGGCAGCGUGGAGGUCGGCUGUGAGGGCAGCUGGCUCCCUCACCCUGAGGAGCAGCUGUUCCUGGAUCAGCUCUACGCCUUCAUGGACCGUCACGGCUCGCCCAUCCACAAAGUCCCGAACCUCGGCUUCAAGAAGAUCGACCUCUUCCUCAUGUACUCUGUGGUCAAACGGCUCGGAGGCUACAAAAAGGUGACAUCGGACCGCCUCUGGAAAGUGGUUUAUAAUGAGCUGGGUGGUUGCCCCGGCAGCACCAGCGCUGCUACCUGCACCAGGAGACACUACGAGAGGCUGAUGCUGCCUUAUGAAGAGCACCUCAGAGCGGGAGGAGCAGAAUUCAAAAUCCCAGAAUCCCCCUCACCCCCAAAGCCCAGAGGCAUGAGAGGAAGGAAACCACUGCAGAGAGGCCGAAAACCAGGACCCAAAGCCAAGGAGAGGAAGAUCCGAGCCCCCGCUCCUCCCUCUCGUACUAUCAUGAACCCGAACGGCACCAUGGUGGUGAAGAGAGGCCGAGGCCGGCCGCCAGGAACACGCAACAAGGCCACGCUGAUCGCUCAGGCCAAGCUGCAGGCUCAGCAGCAGGCUAAAGCCAAAGCAGCAGCAGCAGCAGCAGCAGCAGAGACUCAGCAGCAGAGUCUUCUGCUUCCAGCCAAAGGCAGAGGUGGACCGGCCCCCAGCAGCACGCACAGGCCUGUCCAGCCGGCCAUCCUCCCUGUCAACAUGCCUCUCACCCCUGAGCUCUCCCCCAUGUCUACCCCCUUCCUCCCCUUCCAGCCCAAGCCAAAGGAGCUGAAGCAGGACCGGGGGGAGUCCGUGGCUCCUGCUCCAGGUGUGCUCCUCUCCACUCUGCCUCGCCACUUCGUCGGAGGAUCUCUAGGCGGCUUCAGUCCCAUCAAAGGCGUCUGUCCUCUGGAUGUCUUCAGGAACCGCAUCAGCCUCCAGAGAGGCCCGGAGAGCCCGGCGCUGACGCCUCAGGACCCGACGCAGCACCAUCCGACCGUCUACACCCUCCAGCCCAAAAGUGGAAGCCCGGAUACCCCUCAUCCCGGUGGGGACCAGCUUCAGCCUCAACCCCACCCGCUCCACCAGCACCACAACCGCUGCUCAGGGUGUAACGGGGACGAGGGAACCCAGAGAGGAGGCGGCCGGGACGCCAGGAACCGGCCUCCUCUGCCCCCUCUCCGGGUCCUGCCUUUGAACCUGGACUGCAGCGUGCAGGUGUGCCAGCUGAUGAGGACUCGUCUGGACUCGUCUCAGUUGCAGACCUUCACCCGCCGACUGUCCGAGGCUCUGUCCCAGGACCUGAGCUCCAAACCCCCCUGUUCUCCCAUUACCCCUCCCCCCGAGCAGGCGCUGCCGCUCAACCUCAGCAAACGUUUCACGGUCAAGAGGCCGAGCACAGAGGGACCGGAGCCGAGCCGGGCAGCCGUCAACGGAAACUCAGAGCAACCAUCAUCCAAGAGACCCAGGUCGGGCUGCACAGAGCAGGCCGAGGACUUCGCCCUGGGCGGCCGGUCCAGCUCUGCAGGAAGCGGAGGAGGGCAGGACGUGGAGAUGAAGAACCAGGAGGAACCCGCAGACCUGAGCUCCCCGAGCAGGAUCAGGGCCUUCCUGCUCGGGCUGCCGCCCUUCCAGGUGAAACUGGAGGAGGAUCUGAACGGGACGAGGUUCGGGAAGUUUCUCCCUCCGGGAUCUGACGCUGAAACCCAGAGGACUGAGACCGAGAAAGGGGAGGGAGGAGCGGUAGUAAAGAAAGAAGUCAAGAAGGAGGAAGAGGAGGAGGCCGACGUAGAGCAUGAAACUGAGAAUUUGGAGCAGGAGGAGAAAGGUCCCACGCCCUGCUCUGUCCCGGCCCAGCAGAGCUGAAGAGAGCCGGACCCUCGAACACUGACACACUGUUUUUAGCAUUAUUCCCUCUGUUAUCAGCAGCUUCUGAUGAGAAAACUGUCAGAGGUCUCAGAUCAGCCGGAGGUUUGUCGGCUCGGGAAUCUGGGGCUCGGAGUGGCUGAUGAACACGCAGAGCGGGGGGAGGAGGGGUGUCUCCCUGUCCCUCGUCUCUGACAUCUGAACUCACAGCUUGUUUCCCAUUUCUCCUGUUCUUUCCUGCUUUUCUCUGCAGUUUUCCAUCACGCCGUUGAUUGAACUUUGCAGAGGAGCAACACAGAAUCAUGACAAUCACACUUUCUCUGCUGAUUUCUGUCUUUAGGUAAAAAAAAAAAAAAGAAACAGGAGUGAGACUCUAACAAACACUGCCAUAA